AUGUACCGAAGGCCCUCCCAUUUCUUGUGGGAGUUGAUACAGAAUGUUGAUGACAACAAUUACGUCGCCCAUGACCCCACACUAACCAUCACGUACAAAAUUCGAGUGCUUCGGUUUGAUUCCAAUGAAACUGGGUUCACAAUGGAAGACGUAGAAGCCAUCUGCAGUAUGGGCAACAGCUCAAAAACACGAAGCUCGAGCACUCGCAUCGGCCGGAAAGGAAUUGGCUUCAAGUCUGUUUUCAAGGUUGCCGAAUCAGUGUACAUCGCAUCUGGCUGUUACUCCUUCAGGUUCGAUUCUAGGGAGAGUCUCGGCAUGAUGAUACCGGUGUGGUCAACGUUCCCGGAAGAGCGCAUCGCUGGGUGGACAUCGCUCCUCCUCCACCUUUCUCCCGAAUGCGAUGCCAGUGAGAUUCUUCAAGAACUCGAGAGAUUGGAUUCGAGCAGCAUACUCCUUCUUCGGAGACUAAGAAGAGUGCAUAUCCGUAUUGUCUACGAUGGCCUCCAUGGCAAAGAAGUUACUUUCGAUCUUACACGGCCGAACAUCACGUGCAAACCUGGCGAAUUACAGACCCUUGAACUCCCAGACAGUGCGCAGUCUCCUCUUGUGCUUUACAGGCAUGGUGUAUCUCGAUUGCCAUCGACCGAUUCACACGGGACCAACGAACAGUCAGACAUAGUCUUGGUCUUUCCGCAGCCCCGAUCCCUGAGCUCAAAUAUUACGUGCUUCACAUUCGCUUUUCUUCCUAUCCGAGACUAUGGGUUCAGGGUCCGUCAAGCAUUCGUUUGCCAUGCCGACUUUGAUCUCGUUGCCAACCGUGAAGAUGUCGACAUGUCUUCGGCCCGCAAUCAAGUCUUCUUGCAUGAGCUUCCCAAAGCUUUCCUCAGGGCGGUUCACGCCCUGAAUAGUGGACAUCUUCGCUAUACCUGGCCGUAUUAUCUGCCCUUCCCAACAACAGACAGCUUUUUUGAGCCUCUUCCAGGAGAUAUCAUUACCCUAUUGUCUCGAACACCAAUGUUAGAGUCAGAUGCCGGGCACCUCAUGGCCCCAGAAAAGCUCACCUGGGUUUCCGACCCUUACACUGACGACCACAACAGGCCAUUGAUUCCACAAGACUACUCUACGUUUCUCCAUUUUUCCAACAAGUACCAUGCAGAUCUGCAAGAGCGGAUCAUGCAGCUUGGUGUUAAUGUUCUGUCAAAAACGCAGUUUAUCGAGGAACUAAGUUUGUUUAUUACGAACGAAACACACAACUUUCGGUAA